UAUUAAUCGUGAUUAUUUUUGUAUUGACAUAAAGGUUAUUCGAUAUUAAUCGUGAUUUAAAGUUGUUUUUUAUAAAUUUUUACUUAUAUUUGUCUUAUCCCCUUUCGAAUAUUUAGAACUUAUUAAUAUUUUGGUAUAUUUUUGUUCACUACCGACUCAAUUUUCUGUUAAGUGUGGGAAAGAAUAUAAACAGAGACAAGAGCAUCUCUGUAUGUAUUUUUCUUCUAAACAAUUUCUUGCUUUUUUCCCCCUUUUUUUCUCUGUAUAUUUAUCUCACAGCGAUCACCAUUCGCCAAUCGUAUCCCAAAAACCCUUCUUCAAAAAACCCUAGAAAUUCACGAUCGAACCGAAUUCAUCUAUUUGGUUUGAAUUCCUGUUCUCUUUCAAUCUCAGUUUAAUCCAUCACCACCCGAUCAUUCCCCAUUCCCUAUUCUUUUUAUACACUAAUUUGGCUCAAUUUUUAUUUAUUUAUUUUGGAUAGCAUCCAGUCCGAUCGAUUCUUGCGUGUAGAAUCGGUCGCUUUUGUGGUGCUUUCAUCUAAUCAGGCAAUGGUUCCAAUCCGUUGAUUGUUUUCAUUAUGAAGUUGAAACGAAGGAGAGCCGUUGAAGUGCCUCCAAAGAUAAAAUCUAUUAUCAAUGAUGUUACUUCUACUCCACUUGAGUUUAUUGAGAAACCCCUGAAGAAUUUUGUGUGGGAGUUCGAGAAGGGAGAUUUUUAUCACUGGGCUGACCUAUUCAAUCAUUUUGAUACAUUUUUUGAGAAAUGUAUAAAGCCAAGGAAAGAUUUGCACCUGGGUGAUGACUUUGUGGGCUCUGAUCCGCCCUUCCCCAGGGAGGCUGUUCUUCAGAUUUUGCGUGUUAUAAGGAUUAUAUUAGAGAACUGCACAAAUAAGCACUUAUACAGCUCUUGCGAGCAUCAUUUGUCAGCUCUGCUAGCAUCAACGGAUGCAGAUGUAGUUGAAGCUUCCUUGCAAACUUUGGCUGCAUUCCUGAAGAAAACUAUUGGAAAAUACAUAAUAAGAGACAGUUCUCUUAAGUCAAAGUUAUUUGCUUUUGCUCAAGGUUGGGGAGGGAAGGAAGAAGGACUUGGAUUGGUGGCCUGUGCUGUCGACAAUGGGUCUGACCAUAUUGCUCAUGAAUUGGGUUGCACCUUACAUUUUGAGUUUUAUUUGGUAAACGAUUCAUCAGAUGAAGUUAUUACUGCAGACCAACAAGCCCAGGGAUUGAAAGUAAUUCAUUUGAAUGAUGUUCACACAAGAAAAGAAUCAGAUCUUGAACUUCUGAAUAAGUUAGUCAUAGAGUACAAUGUUCCCGUGAAUCUGAGAUUUUCUCUCUUGACAAGGUUAAAAUUUGCAAGGGCUUUUACUUCCCUUGCUGCUAGACAGCAAUAUACAUGUAUCCGCCUUUAUGCUUUUGUAGUCCUUGUUCAAGCAUGUACAGACGCUGAUGACUUGGUUUCUUUCUUUAACACUGAACCAGAAUUCAUCAAUGAAUUGGUUACCUUAUUAAGCUAUGAAGAUGCAAUCCCUGAAAAGAUACGAAUUUUGAGUAUUCUUUCGUUGGUUGCAAUUUGUCAAGAUCGUGCCCGUCAGCCCACUGUAUUGACUGCUGUGACAUCUGGUGGGCACAGAGGCAUUCUCUCCAGCCUUAUGCAGAAAUCCAUCGAUUCUGUUGUGACGAGUUCAUCAAAGUGGUCAGUUGUUUUUGCAGAGGCUUUACUAUCACUUGUCACUGUUUUGGUGUCAUCCUCUUCGGGUUGCUCAGCCAUGCGUGAAGCUGGAUUUAUACCAACACUUUUGCCUCUCCUUAAAGAUAUGGAUCCGCAGCAUUUGCAUUUGGUCAGUAUGGCUGUACAUGUGCUGGAAGCUUUCAUGGAUUACAGCAAUCCUGCUGCAGCACUCUUCAGAGACUUGGGUGGUUUGGAUGAUACAAUAUUGCGUCUGAAGGUGGAAGUCUCUCAUGUUGAAACUUGCUCAAUCCAACAAAAUACCUCCAUGGUUGACCUGGACUGUUCUGAAGCUAGCAGUUCUCAAGUAGCUACAGAAGCUUCUGAUCUAGAUGACUCACAGCCUCUUUACUCUGAAGCUUUGGUUGCAUAUCACCGGAGGUUACUGAUGAAAUCCUUAUUGCGUGCAAUUUCCCUGGGAACCUAUGCUCCUGGGGCAACUGCACGUAUUUCUGGUUCUGAGGAGAGCUUGUUGCCACAAUGUUUGUGCAUAAUCUUCCGGAGGGCAAAAGAAUUUGGAGGUGGGGUCUUCUCUCUUGCUGCUACUGUCAUGAGUGAUCUAAUUCACAAGGAUCCUACUUGCUUUGGUGCUUUGGAAACUGCUGGCCUGCCUUCCACAUUCAUGGAGGCUAUAAUGGAUGGUGUUCUAUGCUCUUCAGAAGCUAUAAUCUGCAUACCUCAGUGCCUUGAUGCAUUGUGUCUGAACAAUAAUGGCCUUCAGGCUGUGAAGGAUCGCAAUGCUCUGAGAUGUUUUGUGAAAAUAUUUACUUCUCGGGCAUAUUUGCGGGCCCUUACAGGGGAUACUCCUGGUUCCUUGUCCAGUGGUUUGGAUGAAUUAAUGCGCCAUGCUUCAUCAUUGCGUGGACCCGGGGUGGACAUGUUGAUUGAAAUUCUUACCAAUAUAGCUAAGCUUGGGUCUGGGCCUGAGUCCACUCCCUCUGCUGAUUGUCCAAGUUCUUCUGGGAAUGUGCCCAUGGAAACUGAUGCUGAGGAGAAGAGCCUUGUUUUAGCUGAUUCAAGAGAUUUAGACAAGGUGGAAAAAACUGAGCAAACCCCUGAUGCUUCUAUAGUAAAUGUUGAGUCUUUCCUUCCUGAUUUAAUAAGCAAUGCUGCACGUCUUCUUGAGACGAUUCUACAAAAUUCUGAUACCUGCCGUAUAUUUGUUGAGAAAAAGGGAAUUGAGGCUGUCUUGCAGUUGUUUACUUUGCCUAUGAUGCCUCUGUCUGUUUCCAUUGGGCAAAGUAUAUCGAUUGCUUUCAAGAACUUCUCCCCCCAGCACUCGGUUUCCCUUGCUCGAGCCGUAUGUUCAUUCUUGAGAGAGCAUUUGAAGACAGCAGUUGAACUUUUAGUUUCAGUUGGGGGUGUCCAGCUUGCUCAGACUGAUGGUGUGAAGAGGUCAAAGGUCAUGAGAUGCCUUUCCAGUCUUGAGGGUCUUCUAUGCCUCGCCAGUUCUUUGUUGAAGGGUACAACUACAGUUGUUUCUGAAUUGGGUACUGCAGAUGCGGAUGUACUAAAGGAUCUGGGUAAGAUUUACAGGGAAACUCUAUGGCAAAUAUCUUUGUGUUGUGACUCGAAGGCGGAUGAGAAGCGAAAUAUUGAAGCAGAACCUGAAGUUGCAGAGGCAGGUGUUUCUAAUGCUGCUGGGCGUGAGAGUGAUGAUGAUGCCAACACUGUCUCAUACAGGUAUAUAAAUCCUGUAACUGUCCGGACUAAUUCUCAUGCACAGUGGGGUGUGGAGCGUGAGUUUAUUUCUGUUGUUCGUUCAAGUGAAGGCUUUAAUAGGCGUAGUCGGCAUGGUUUGGCGCGCAUACGUGGCGGAAGGGCUGGUAGGUACUUGGAAGCUCUUCAAAUUGAUCCCGAGAUUUCCACCAAUGCCUCGGAGACAGUUUCUCAGGAUUUAAAAAAGAAAAGUCCUGAGGUUCUUGUGUUAGAAACACUUUCUAAACUUGCUUCAACUAUACGGGCCUUCUUCACAGCCCUUGUCAAGGGAUUCACUUCACCAAACCGUCGGAGGGCUGAGACAGGAUCUCUGAGUUCAGCUGCAAAGAUCAUUGGAAGUGCGUUGGCUAAGGUUUUUCAUGAAGCUUUGGGUUUUUCAGGGUAUUCCAACUCUUCUGGGCUUGAUUUACCCCUAUCAGUCAAGUGUCGCUAUCUUGGUAAGGUGGUUGAUGAUAUGCUAGCUCUUACAUUUGAUGGUCGGCGCCGCACCUGUUACACAGUCAUGGUCAACAAUUUCUAUGUUCAUGGCACUUUUAAGGAGCUUCUCACUACAUUUGAAGCUACAAGCCAGUUACUGUGGAAUAUGCCAUUGUGCCGUUCAGCAGCAGGUGUAGAUCAUGAAAAGAAGGCAGAGGAAAGUGAACUGCAUCAUAGCUUAUGGUUGCGUGAUACAUUGCAAAGUUAUUGUCGUUUACUUGGGUAUUUUGUUAGUUCUUCUUUGCUUUUGUCUACAAGCUCCGCAUCCCAGGCUCAGCUUCUUGUGCAGCCUAUUGCAGUUGGUUUGUCCAUUGGGUUGUUUCCUGUUCCCAAGGACCCUGAAGUUUUUGUUCGCAUGCUGCAAUCGCAGGUUCUGGACGUUGUACUUCCUAUCUGGAACCACCCUUUGUUUCCUACCUGCAAUCCAACUUUUGUUAGUUCCAUAAUUUCACUAAUCACUCAUGCCUACUCGGGUGUUGUUGACGUGAAAAGAACCCGUAACGGAUUGUCUGGGAGUACAAACCAACGUCUUGUGGCUCCUCCUCCUGAUGAAGCUACCAUUGCUACAAUUGUUGAGAUGGGUUUCUCCAGAGCAAGAGCCGAGGAGGCAUUAAGGAGAGUAGAAACAAAUAGUGUUGAGAUGGCUAUGGAAUGGCUGUUUAGUCAUGCUGAAGAUCCUGUACAGGAAGAUGAUGAAUUGGCUCGUGCCCUUGCUUUGUCUCUUGGAAAUUCAUCAGAAACGUCUAAAGGUGAUAGUUCUGAGAAAUCAGUUGAUGUAUUGAAGGAAGAGGGACAAAUAAAGACACCUCGGGUAGACGACAUCCUAUCUGCAGCGAUGAAGUUGUUUCAGGGGAGUGAUUCAAUGGCUUUCCAGUUGACGGACUUGCUUGUGACUCUCUGCAAUAGAAACAAAGGAGAAGACCGUGAUCAUGUUAUAUCUUAUCUUGUACAGCAGCUAAAGCUUUGCCCCAUGGAUUUCUCGAAAGAUAAUAAUGCAUUGUGUACGAUUUCACAUACUUUGGCGUUAAUUCUUUGUGAAGAUGCUAGUGCACGGCAAAUUGCUGCAAAAAGUGGUAUUGUCUCAUUGGCUAUUGAUGUCUUAAUGGACUUUAAAGCUAGGAAUUUAUCUGGAAAUGAGACCUUCAGCGCUAAAUGUAUUAGUGCUCUGCUUCUCAUCCUGGAUAAUUUGCUUCAAUCCCGACCCAGAUUCUCUGGUGAAAGUGCAGAAGAGAUUCCAACAGGCCUAUUACCAGUUGCAUCAGAGGAACAAGUUUCUUCACCAGGUUCUGAAGUAGAAGGAGACAAAAAGUCAUCUCCACAGGCAAGGGGUUCCUGUGAUGGCCUAGAGAAAAUAUUUGGAAAAUGUACAGGCUUUUUGACAAUGGAGGAGAGUGGUAAGGUAUUACUAAUUGCAUGCGACUUGAUAAAACAACAUGUUCCAGCUUUGGUUAUGCAGGCUGUUCUUCAGUUAUGUGCUCGCUUGACAAAACAACAUGGUCUGGCAAUGCAAUUUAUUGAAAAUGGAGGCUUGAUAUCUCUCUUUGGCCUUCCAAGAAGUUGCUUUUUCCCAGGCUAUGAUACCUUGGCUUCUGCCAUUGUUCGGCAUCUUAUUGAGGACCCUCACACACUGCAAACAGCUAUGGAAUUGGAGAUACGGCAAACCCUGGCAGGAAAUCGUCAUUCUGGUCGUGUAUCUGUAAGAUCAUUCUUGACAUCAUUGUCGCCUGUUAUAUCUAGAGAUCCAGGGAUCUUCAUGAAAGCAGCAAAUGCAGUUUGUCAGUUGGAAUCAUCUGGUGGAAGGACCACCGUUAUACUGUUAAAAGAGAAAGAUCGGGAGAAGGAGAAAGAAAAGUUGAAAGUAGCUGGUACUGAACCUUUAUUAUCUUCCAGCGAGUCUGUUCGGAUAUCUGAGAACAAAGCAAAUGACGGACUGGUGAAGUGCUCCAAAGCUCACAAAAAGGUUCCUGUAAAUUUGACUCAGGUAGUCGAUCACCUUCUUGAAAUCAUAUUAGCUUUUCCAGCAGUGAAGAGUUGUGAAGAUAUUACAGAUCAGAAUGCAAUGGAGGUAGAUGAAUCCACGACCAAAACAAAGGGAAAGUCAAAGGUUGACGAGACGAGAAAGGAGAUGACUAGUGCAUUGGAGAAGUCUGCAGUGCUGGCUAAGAUGACUUUUGUCCUCAAGUUGUUGAGUGAUAUUCUUGUUUUGUACGUACACACUGCUGGAGUAAUAUUGCGAAGGGACUUUGACAUGUCCCAGCAUCGGGGAUCUAGUCAAUUGGAUAGUUCUGUUCAGGGUGGGAUUGUGCAUCAUGUUUUACACCGGCUUCUUCCCCUUACAAUCGAGAAAAAUGCAGGUCCUGAAGAAUGGAGAGAGAAGUUGUCUGAAAAAGCUUCGUACUUCUUGGUAGUUCUCUCUAGCCGUUCAGGUGAAGGACGUAAGCGUGUUGUUAGUGAACUUGCGAAAGCAUUAUCUCCUUACUUAAUUUCAGAAAGCAAUUCAUCACGUAGCAGCUUUGUACCAAAUAAGAAGGUGCUUGCUUUUGUUGAUCUGGUUUAUGCUAUUCUAUCUAAGAACUCAUCUUCAAGCAGUUUACCGGGCUCUGGUUGUUCACCUGAUGUUGCAAAAUGCAUGAUAGAUGGAGGGAUUGUACAGUGUUUGUCUGGGAUUCUGCGGGUUAUAGAUCUUGACCAUCCUGAUGCUCCCAAAAUAGUGAACUUCAUCCUGAAGUCCCUGGAGAGCCUGACUAGAGCUGCUAAUGCUAGUGAGCAACUCUCAAAAUCUGACUCGCUGAACAAGAAAAAAGUGGUUGGCGGUAGAUUGGAUGACAAUCUUGCUACUUCGGGCUCUCAUACAGCUGAGCCUAAUGACAUUGGAGACAGCCAACAGGGAACUAUUGAUGCAGCCGGUUCAGCAUUUCAGGCCCCAGAAAGCUCUCAAAAUGAAAGUGAUAUAGGUAGAGAUUUGAUGCAAUCCAUGGAUAAUGAGAUGAGGAUUGAGGAAUCUGGAGCCGCCAAUCCACCUAUGGAACUUGGGCUGGAUUAUGCCCGUGAAGAUAUGGAAGAAAGUGGUAUGAUGCAAGGCAGAGAUCAAAUUGGGAUAGGCUUUCAUGUUGAGAAUUCGGUAGGGGAUGAUGAAGAUGAUGACAUGGGUGAUGAUGGUGAAGAUGAUGAGGAUGAUGAUGACGGGGAGGAAGAGGAUGAAGAUAUUGGUGGGGACGGUGCUGCUCUAAUGUCUCUGGCUGAUACUGAUGUGGAAGACCAUGAUGAUGGUGGCUUGGGAGAUGAUUAUAAUGAAGAUAUGGUUGAUGAAGAGGACGAUGAUUUCCACGAGAAUCGGGUUAUUGAAGUUAGGUGGAGGGAAGCUCUAGAUGGGCUGGAUCAUUUACAAGUUCUUGGGCAACCUGGAACACGGGGUUGGCCCCUUGAUGUUACUGCAGAGCCUUUUGAAGGGGUAAAUGUUGAUGAUUUCUUUGGUCUCCGCAGGACUUUUGGGUUUGAGCGCCGCCGCCAGGCAAACAGGACAUCAUAUGAGCGAUCAACCCCAGAUGGGAACAGUCUUCAACAUCCUCUCCUCUCAAGACCUUCACAAUCUAGUGACUUGGUUUCAAUGUGGUCAGGACCCGGAAGUUCAUCUAGAGAUGCAGAGGCUUUCUCUUCUGGAAAUCUGGAUGCAUCUCCUUUCUACAUGUUUGAUGCCCCUGUUCUUCCCUUUGGUAAUACUCCAUCUAGUCUCUUUGGUGAUCGUGUGAGUGGUUCUGCACCGCCAACACUGGAAGAUUUUACUGUUGGUUUGGAGUCCCUGCGAGUGCCUGGGCGUCGGGGAUCAGGUGAUGGCAGAUGGACUGAUGAUGGUCACUCUCAAGCUGGUGGCGAAGCUGCUGCUAUUGCACAGGCGAUUGAAGGACAUUUUAUAUCUCAAAUGACAUUUAAUACUUCUAACAAUCCUCCUGAAAUGCUGUUGGAGAAUACUGGACUACCAGGAAGACCGAAUGCUGAUACCCCUCUGUCUGUUGAUGGUCAAUUGCCUGUGGAUGGUGGUAGCACUGUUGCUAUUCAGAAUGUACAAACUCAGGAGAAUGGUCAUGGGAUUGAUCAAUCAGUUGAGGGUGAUAAUUUGCAGGAAGGGGCUUUUGUUUCUGAACAAGCUGGUGGAGACCAUCAAUUAGGUGAGCCUACGAAUAACAUCUCUUUAGAAAGUAAUCCAGAAGCUGUGGAUAUUAUGGAAAUUGCAGAAGAAAACGGUGGUCCCCGUCAGCAGUUAGAUACACUGCAUAAUCCUGCUGUUUCUUCAACGGGUUCUCUGGAUGAUCCAUUUGGAUUUAGCAGUUCAGCUGCAGUAACUAGUCCUCAUUCUUUGCCACUUCAGAAUCCAGCAAGUGAUAGCCAGUCCAGCCAUCAUGCACUAUUAAUCACUGGGAUGCCGGAUUCUGCUGUUAAUCAUACUUCUUCAGAAAGUGUUGAUGUUGAUAUGGGUGGUGCUGUGGAAAGAGAUGAUGCUCAUCAAUUGCUAUCUUCAUCCGAAGUCAACCAAGAGCCCGCGUGUAGGCAGAUUGAAGUUAUUCCAGAGGCUGGUCAGACUGAUGAAGCUAAUGCUAAUAAUGAGGGUUCUAAUGGAAAUGGUAUUGAUCCGACUUUCCUGGAAGCACUUCCAGAAGAUCUUCGUGCAGAAGUUCUUGCAUCACAGCAGGCUCAGUCUGCUCAACCUCCAACCUAUAACCCCCCUACAGCUGAAGAAAUAGACCCUGAAUUUUUAGCCGCUCUUCCUCCAGAUAUUCAAGCAGAAGUUUUGGCACAGCAACGAGCACAAAGAAUUGCACAGCAGGCUGCAGGGCAGCCAGUUGAAAUGGAUAAUGCCUCCAUUCUUGCCACUUUCCCUGCUGAUUUGCGUGAGGAGGUUCUUUUAACAUCUUCAGAAGCAGUUUUAUCUGCUUUACCCUCUCCACUGCUUGCUGAAGCCCAAAUGCUCAGGGACAGAGCAAUGAGCCAUUAUCAAGCUCGUAGCCUCUUUGGAAGCAGUCACAGGUUCACCCAUAGGAGAAACGGACUGGGGUUUGACAGACAUGCCGUGAUAGACCGUGGGGUGGGUGUCACUAUUGGUAGGAGGUUGUCUUCUGCGGUUGCCGAGACUUUGAAGUUGAAGGAACUUGAAGGCGAGCCACUCUUAGAUGCUGAUGCAUUGAAAGCAUUGGUUCGUCUUUUACGAAUAGCACAACCUCUUGGAAAAGGUCUAUUGCAGCGGCUCUUGUUGAAUUUAUGUGCCCAUGGUAGUACCAGGGCCAAUCUUGUUCGUCUUCUGCUUGACACUAUCAAGCCUGAAGAUGAAUGCUCAGCUGACAAAUUGACCAAGUCCAAUUCACUCAGGCUUUAUGGUUGUCAGUCUAAUGUUGUUUAUGGCCGAUCUCAGUUAUUUGAUGGACUUCCCCCUCUGGUACUGCGCCGGAUUCUUGAGAUUUUGACUUAUUUGGCCAACAAUCAUUCGGCUGUGGCCAGCCUUUUAUUUUACUUUGACCCUUCUCUUGUUCAAGAAUCUACGAGCUUGAAAACUUCAGAAACCAGGAAGGAUAAAGGCAAGGAUAAAUUGUAUCAAGGAGACAGGGAUUCAAAAAGUUUGGGGUAUUCGGACAAGGGGGAUAUUCCUUUGAUAUUGUUUCUUAGACUCUUGAGUCAACCUUUGUUCUUGCGUAGCAUUGCUCAUCUUGAACAGGUCAUGGGUCUCCUUCAAGUGGUUGUCUAUACUGCAGUUUCCAAGUUAGAAAGUCAAUCUCAUUCCAAGGAAGCAACAUUAAACACAGAAAAUCCAUCUGAUGGUGGAAAUGCCAGCAUCAUUCAGAAAGAUGCUUCUUCAGAGCCAGCCGACUCUAGUCGGCAAGAAAAUGGAAAUACUUCUUCUGAGAAUACCACUUCGCAGAGUGAGAAAACUGUUAACAUCUCCAACAUAUUUUUAGAGCUGCCUCAGUCUGAGCUGCACAAUCUGUGCAGUAUUCUUGGUCGUGAGGGGCUUUCGGACAAGAUUUACAUGCUUGCUGGUGAAGUGCUGAAGAAGCUGGCCUCUGUUGCUGCUCCACAUCGCAAAUUUUUCAUUACUGAGCUUUCUGGUUUAGCUCAAGAAUUGAGCAGCUCUGCUGUAAACGAGCUUAUUACACUUAGACAGACAAACAUGUUGGGCUUAAGUGCUGGUUCAAUGGCUGGGGCAGCUGUCCUUCGAGUAUUGCAAACAUUAAGUUCAUUCACUUCCGCAGCCAAAGAAAAUAGUGGAGAUACUGCAAAUGAUGCAGAUCAGGAGGAGCACGCUACUAUGUGGAAGUUGAAUGUUGCAUUGGAUCCAUUAUGGCAAGAACUUAGUGAAUGUAUUAGCAGGAUGGAGUCAGAGCUGACACAAAACUCUUUCUCAUCAGGUGGUGCAAACAUUAACAUGGGGGAGCAUGUACAGGGUUCUUCAUCUGUCUCUCAGCCUCUUCCACCUGGGACUCAGAGACUAUUGCCUUUUAUUGAGGGUUUCUUUGUCUUGUGUGAGAAACUGCAAGCACAUAAUGCUCUUGUUCAGCAAGAAUGUGGAAAUGCAACUGCAAGAGAGGUGAAAGAAUCUGCUGGGACAUUAACUUCAUCUAACAAAUGUGCUGUGGAUUCUUACCGGAAAACUGAUGGCACUUCAACAUUUACAAAGUUUUCUGAGAAGCAUCGGCGCCUUUUGAAUGCUUUUAUUAGGCAGAAUCCUGGCUUAUUGGAAAAAUCUCUUUCUAUGUUGUUGAAGGCACCGCGGCUGAUAGAUUUUGAUAACAAAAGAGCAUAUUUCCGAUCCAGAAUCCGGCAACAGCAUGAACAGCACCUGUCUGGACCACUACGCAUUAGUGUCCGGCGGGCAUAUGUGUUAGAAGAUUCAUACAAUCAAUUGCGGAUGAGGCCAACUCAGGAUCUGAAGGGUCGGUUAAAUGUCCAUUUUCAAGGUGAAGAGGGUAUUGAUGCUGGUGGGUUGACAAGAGAAUGGUAUCAACUACUCUCCAGGGUCAUAUUUGACAAAGGAGCUUUGCUGUUUACCACUGUAGGAAACAAUGUCACGUUCCAGCCAAACCCUAAUUCUGUCUAUCAGACAGAGCAUCUCUCCUAUUUUAAGUUUGUAGGCCGUGUGGUUGCCAAGGCGCUUUAUGAUGGGCAGCUGUUAGAUGUGUACUUUACUCGGUCCUUCUACAAACAUAUCUUAGGUGUGAAAGUGACUUAUCAUGAUAUAGAAGCUGUUGAUCCGGAUUAUUAUAAAAACUUGAAAUGGAUGUUGGAGAAUGAUGUGAGCGAUAUACCUGAUCUCACAUUUAGCAUGGAUGCUGAUGAAGAAAAGCAUAUUCUCUAUGAGAAAACUGAGGUAACUGAUUAUGAGCUUAAACCUGGAGGAAGAAAUAUAAGGGUUACUGAGGAAACAAAGCACGAGUAUGUGGACCUUGUAGCUGACCAUAUUCUAACAAACGCCAUCAGGCCUCAGAUUAAUUCUUUCUUAGAAGGUUUCAAUGAGCUAGUCCCAAGGGAGCUUAUUUCUAUUUUCAAUGAUAAAGAGCUCGAAUUGCUAAUAAGUGGUCUUCCCGAAAUCGAUUUGGAUGAUUUGAAGGCCAACACAGAGUACACAGGGUACACUGCUGCAUCUGCUGUUGUUCAGUGGUUUUGGGAUGUUGUGAAAAGCUUCAAUAAGGAAGACAUGGCAAGAUUGUUGCAGUUUGUAACUGGUACCUCAAAGGUUCCGUUGGAUGGUUUUAAAGCGUUACAAGGUAUCUCUGGUCCGCAGAGAUUUCAGAUUCAUAAGGCUUAUGGAGCUCCCGAGAGACUGCCAUCUGCUCAUACAUGCUUCAAUCAAUUGGACCUUCCUGAGUAUUCUUCUCGCGAACAGCUUCAAGAUCGCUUGCUUUUGGCUAUACAUGAAGCUAGUGAAGGAUUCGGUUUUGGUUAAAAUAAGUUCACAAAGAAUUACUGUUCGGUAAAUGGUGGAAUUGAGCCCUUUCUAUUUUGAUAUAAACAGCAUGAUGAAGCAUCCAGCGUGCGAUCAGUUUUUGUAGUAUUGAUGAGGAGAGCUCCAUAGAGCAAGAGGGAUGGACUAUUAUCAGUGAGCCAAGAACCCAUGUGCCCUUUUCUGAAGCCGAAUUUUUGACUUGGGUGGCAUGCACGUUGGUUUUCGAGUUGCUGGAAAUAGUUUUUAGCAACUCCUUUUGCACAUACUUUAGGUUCUUUUGAGGCUUCCUGCUGCUAGGAAAGCGGGGUACAGAUGUUGUAGAUUUUCUUUUGGGAAAGAAGGGACCGGUAGUCAUUUUUGACUGUGUUCCUUCGAAGCAUUGAUUGUACUUAUUUUUCUGUCGUGCGUAUACAUGAAUAAUGUAAAUUUCCUCCCAACAAUUUAUUCAUGUUUGAAACUUGAAUCUCCGUGCAUUUCUUUGUACAAUGGAUGUUCGGUGGGCUAAUCCAUCUGAACCAUCGCGCACAUUGGAUUUUGUUCUAAUGGGGAAGUGGUUCAGGAUAGAAUUGUGCAACAGUUAAACAAUCAAUAUAAAAUCAGAC